AUGGCGCAUUCUGGGAUGUGGCUCGACGGGGCGCGUAUGGGGGAGGUUGGCGGCAACACGCUUGGGUUCUUUGGCGCCGUGUUUGGCCCGCGUGCACAGCAUGUGCUUGGACACAGUUUCCACGGAGCACUGCAUCACUGGGAAGCCGGCUCGUCCUCUUCCUCCUGGACCCCGCGCGUCGUCGUCAGCGGCCACUUCAAGGUGUACCCUGAUCACUCCCACGAGUUCCACUCGACAGGGUGUGCGCGGACGCAGGGCUACUACUUCAUCGAAGCGAGCGACAAGCGAAAGAAGAUCACUGCAGGGGCGAUGCAACGGCAGCUGCAGGUGCGGCAGACGACAACAUCGACCACCCGCACGCAGCGCAGCGCCGUCCGCAAGGAGCACCGCGCCCUGCAGCUGGGCGACCUCAAUGAGCUCGCCGCAGACUUGGUCAAGGCCAACCAGUUCAAACGCCGCCGCAAACUGCUUCGAUUCGCACGGAGCAUGAUCCACGAAUGGGGCCUCUUCGCACAAGAGCCGAUUGACAAGGACGAGCUUGUGAUUGAGUACGUCGGCGAAAUUGUCCGGCAGACGGUGGCGGAGGACCGCGAGCGCCGUUACGCAAGAAUUGGCAUCGGCAGCUCCUACCUGUUCCGAAUUGACGAAGAUUACGUCAUUGACGCCACGCGCAUGGGCUCCAUCGCCCGCUUCAUCAACCACUCGUGCGACGCCAACUGUUACGCCCAGGUCGUGUCUGUGGAUGGCAAGAAGCGCAUCGGCAUCUAUUCAAAGCGGCCGAUUGCGGCGAAUGAGGAGAUCACGUACGACUACAAGUUCCCGCGGGAGGAAGGACCAAACAAGAUCCCGUGUUUCUGCGGUGCGCGCACCUGCCGUGGCACGCUCAACUAGCCAUGCCCCCAAGGCAUAACAUCAUCAGGAUUGCACGCACAGCGGGCUCGCUUAUCUUGCCUUGGUUAUCUUGCCUUGCUUGUCUGGUUUGUUUGGCUGGUUGGUUGUUUGGUUGUUUGCCUAGUUGUUUGUUUGUUUGUCUAGUUGUUUGCUCGGUUGGCUGGUUGGUUGGUGUGAGUGUAUAGGUGUUGUGUCUUAGUUCGCUGCUCGCUGGAGUGUUGUAUGUGUGUCUGUAUGUUUGCUUGUUUGGCCCUCUCUCGUGUUCGUGUUUACGCGGUUAGAUCGACGCAAGUAGAUGUAACCGAACUGUGAUCACGCUGCGCCCAUCACUGACUGCACCACAACCAAGCACUCGAAAGGCACCACCUUCAACACCACAAACAGCAUCGCGUGUGCUGGUAAUGGUGCAGCUGUUCGAUGAACAGAGGAGUUUUGUCGACGCUCAAACAACCAAUACAUCAUGACAACAAUG